AUGUCUGACCAGAGCACUGAACUGUACGUAGCAGCUAAGCAGGGUAACACAGACGUUGUAAAAGAGCUGUUAACACACAGUAAUAUUGAUGUUAAUAAGGGGGAUGAGUCAAGUACACCACUGUACAUAGCAGCUGAUCAGGGUUACACAGAGGUUGUAAAAGAGCUGUUAACACACAGUGAUAUUGAUGUUAAUAAGGGGGAUGAGUCAGCAGUUCAGUGGGGUCACACAGAGGUUGUAAAAGAGCUGUUAACACACAGUAAUAUUGAUGUUAAUAAGGAGGAUGCGUCAAGUACACCACUGUACAGAGCAGCUCUGCUGGGUCACACAGAGGUUGUAAAACAGCUGUUAAAACACCGUGAUAUUGCUGUUAACAAGGAGGGUCUGUCAGGUACAUCACUGUUAUACAUAGCAGCUAAGCAGGGUCACACAGAUGUUGUAAAAGAGCUGUUAACACACAGUAAUACUGAUGUUAACAAGGGUGGUGAGUUAGGUACACCACUGUACGUAGCAGCUGAGAAGGGUCACACAGAGGUUGUAAAAGAGCUGUUAACACACAGUAAUACUGAUGUUAACUGGGAGGGUGUGUCAGGUACACCACUGUACAUAGCAGCUUAG